AAACAAUCUAAUCUCGUGGUUCACUCCACUACUUUAUACUUACUUACUACCCCUUCCUCUUCUUCUUUCGAACCCUUCCCUUCCUUCUACUUGAAGUCUUCCAAAAUCUCUCUUUUCACCACAAAAAAAAGAAGAAGAAAAACAAUACCCAAACUCAAACCCGAAUCUACGUUCUGCGGCACACCUCCAGUCACUACAAUUGACAUCGCUACCAUACCAGCCCUGCAUUCCACGUUUUUGCACCGCGCGCCGCGCCUUAGCUUGGCUUUACCACCACCCCAACCCGUCAAAUUGCUGUGAUCCCCUCUGCAGCAAUCCCCCACCAAAUUGUCGUCGCAUCUCGUGCUUGCAUUCUCUCUCUCUCUCUCUCUCUGACACCAUGACCGAUAUAACAUCAACUGUUCUGCAACCGACGUCGGUUGCCACCAUUGUAGACGUCCUCAACCCCACCAAGGAACAGCGAGACUCGGCUUAUUACUCGGGCUCCAGUACUAAUGGCGACGGCAGCAAACAUAAUUCAAUAGCAGCGCCCCGGAACACUGGCUCUAUUACCCCGUCGCCGUCGAACGGCUACCAAUCUUCCACCGCCGAUAUGACACCGUCGCCUAUUGCGACAACCGGCCAUGCCCCCCAACCUCUGGCCUCCCCCGUGUCUGGAGGCAUGUCCAUCACUUCAAUGGUGACUUCCCCGACGACACCUUCCAGUAUGGACGAAAGCAUGCUCGCAAAGCUCAACCCGGCCUACAAUGCGCCUGGCCAGAGAGCGUCAACAACCUCGCUGGCCGACCCGAGGCGCGAGAGCGUAGACGGGCGCAUAAACAGCGGCUUCGAUGGCAUGAGACUCCAGGGCAAUCCCCCCUACGCGAGCAACAACCAAUCCACCGCCUCCAUACAGAGCAGCCUGCAGCAGCAGCGGAAUCCGGGGCUUAGCGUGUCAAACUCCGAUAGGCUCUCGGCGCCGAGGUUCCCUAACACAUACCAACCCAACUCUCAACGGUAUAAUGUACGGACCGCACCUACUAUUACGGGCCCCGCUGCCAGCGCCGUUGCCAAUGCAGCCGAACCCACAAAGGGACAGCCUUGGGCUUUCCCUGACGACACUGAUCGCCGCGUCUCCAUGAACCCUUUGGAGAUCGAGGGCCAUGCGACGUCGUACCUCGAGUCCCGCCGCAGCAGCAUCGCUGAUUCCAUGGCUAGCAGCCAAUACACCACCGAAUCGCGCCUGCCGCGCGGCCAACGGCGUCUGGAGGAUGGCUAUCCACAAGCUGAGUUCCCGCCGAUGAAUCGUGGCUCGUCCGAGUUCCACGGUGCUGCGCACCACCACCACUCCCUGCAACAUCGCCAGGUCGGCGAGAUCCGCGAUGAGGAGGGCGGCUCGCCGGGUAGCACGCAGCCUUAUAGCCGUACGCCUGAGCUCCGCAAGAGCCACAAGUUGGCGGAACGUAAGCGUAGGAACGAAAUGAAGGAGCUGUACGAUGAGCUACGGGAGAUGCUACCGUCGGAACGCGGUAACAAGACAAGCAAAUGGGAGAUCUUGAGCAAAUCCAUCGCACAGCACAAGGCACAGGAAGACAGGUGCCAGAACCUGGAGCAGCAUUACCGUCAACUGCAGACUGAUAACGCGCGGAAAGACUCACAGCUGCAGAGAAGCAGAGACGAGAUCGCCGAGCUCCGCGCUGAAGUCCGCACAAUGCGCCACGAAUUCUCAUUAAUCAGAGGCGACAUGGCGCAACCGCACGCCGUCCCAGUGAGCCAAGCGCCACCGCCCGUAGACAACUACAGCAACGACCCCUACCGCGCCCGCCAAGAAGCCCGGCCUGAAGUCGGCCUCCCCCCGCUGCGGAGUCUAAACACACCUAUACCCUCGCCCUUCCCGCAGCAGCAGCAAGCAGACUCCAUGACCGGCGUUCAAUACCACCACGAGCGGCCCGCAACGAACGGAUACGCACCUCCCUACCAGCCACGGGUCUGAUCCAUCUACGCAUAUCAUGACUGCAUAAUUUAGCUAUUUAUUUGUUCUAAUAUUGGCGCGGAUGAAAACGUGGAUAACGGCCUUGUCUACGAGCGGACUAUACCUCGCCAUCCUAGCGAACUACUGCGGCUACCGCAGCGAAUGCGGCGCCGAUUUUGACGUCUCCAGUCUAUGAGCAUAUGUACUGGUCCAUCUUAUACCCGCUGCCGGGUAUCGUUCUGUCGAUAUAGGACUUGCCUCCAUACCUCUUGUUCUAAUCUAUUGUAUUUUUGGGCUGGGAUUUUUAUCGGCACAUGCGGUCGCAAAAGUAGCUCAUUGUUAUCAAUCGGUGUAUUAGGUUUUGCUUUUUUUUGGAUCGGGG